AUGAAAGAUGGUUUCGAUCGAGAAAAACAGAUAUUGGAUCCCGAAUUUGGACAUCAGCAAAAAGGUCAUCACGCAGGAAAUCCAGUAUUUUUUCUGGGCCCAGAUGCGACGGGCGAAGAUGGCUUCCUGAUAACAACGCCUGGCGAAUGCUUGACGGAUGCCCAGGUUGACGACAUAUGCUGCAAGUCGAAGGAGGUGUGGGAAAGGCAAGCAGCCGCUCGAUCAAAGAACGGGCUGGACCCGGAUCUGAAGCGUCCUCUGCAUCAACCUAUCUUGAUUUCGAGAGGAUAA